AACAAGCUGAUCUUUUUAGUUCCUAGUUAGCAGGGCAAAGAUGGCAGAGAGCGGUUACGAGUCGGUGAUAUGUGUAAAGCCGGAGGUGCACGUCUACCGCAUCCCGCCGAGGGCGACGAACCGGGGCUACAGGGCUGCAGACUGGAAGCUGGAUCAGCCGUCAUGGAGUGGGAGAAUGAGGAUAACCGCGAAGGGGAAGAUUGCAUACAUUAAACUGGAGGAUAAAACAUCAGGGGAGCUGUUUGCCCAGGCACCAGUAGAGCAGUACCCAGGGAUCUCGGUGGAGAGUGUCACUGACUCCAGCAGAUACUUUGUCGUUCGCAUCGAAGAUGGAAACGGACGGCACGCUUUUAUUGGGAUUGGAUUUGUGGAUCGAGGGGAUUCCUUCGACUUUAACGUAGCGCUUCAGGAUCAUUUCAAAUGGGUGCGGCAGGAGGGAGAGCUGGCCAAGCAAGCGCAGAGCGGGGAGAACGCUGGCCCCAAACUGGACCUCGGCUUCAAGGAGGGACAGACAAUCAAAAUCAACAUUGGGAAUAUAAAGAAAAAAGAAGACAAAACAUCUAAGUCCCGACCAGCAGGCAGUGGCUUUUUACCCCCUCCCCCUGGUGGCAAGGGUCUUGGUAUGAUCCCACCUCCAGCAAGCCAACCCCCUGGACUGAUUCAGCCCCCUCUAUCUCAGCCGCCACUGACGUCUACUUCAGCAGACAUGCUAUUUGAUCGCAGCCCCCCGGCCCCCUCCAGCAGUGGGACUGAUUUGUGGGGUGACUUCGCCGCUGCCCCCAGCUCAGCUCCUGGUCAGACCUCUCAGACUCCAAACUGGGUCCAGUUUUAAUGGAUCCCAGAUUUCCAGUUUCCUCGCCACAUUCCCAGGAUGAGGGGCUUGUUUGCAGUGAGGACCAGCGUUUUUACUGCCGGUCGGCGCUGUGGGAUUGGGGAUCAGAUUUGGAGCACUUCUAUUCUGGUAUCGCUCCAGUUAACUUGGUGUUCACUUUUGUGUUUUACGUGGUCCAGCCCAAACCGAAUCUGUAGUUCAAAGGAGAAGUUCACUUUCUACUAUAAAUCAAGGUAAAACGAGUCCUGGGAAAAGAGUUUAGGAAGAUACCAUCUGGAAAAAUGCAUUGCAUAAUACAAAUAUAAACCAGCCAGUAUCACUUCGUGGAAAUGUUCCCUCUUCCAACUAAACACUUUCAAUUAAAAUGAAUGAUUGCCAAGCUUUUCUGCAGUCAUUUAACACAAGGUACUUUCAGUCUGGAUCAACAAUUGCAUUUUCUAUAGAAAAUCAACACAAAGCGAACUGAACCAGCUUCGGCCCCAGAGUGAACCAGUCCCAAUGGAACAGACGUCUUUUUUUCUCAGAUACUGGGAGCCUCUCUGCUGGUAUCUUAAUCCUGUUUCCUGAUUCCAGGGAAUUCCUUUAACUUUCAUUCCAUCCCCACGUCCCUUUCCCAAAAAAAACUAAAACAAUUUUACACGCAGGCAUUACAGCUGUGGAUCGCGUAUUGUAUGCUCUCAAAACAUGUUCUGCGCAUGUUCAAAAUCAAUCUGUUAUAUUGAAGCUUUGAGUCCACUAAAAAGAAUCCAUUCUGAUGGUGUGAGACAGCUGUGCUUGUUUGAAGGACAGAAACCUCACUGUCGAUCGCAUGUUACAGUAUUCUAAAUUGACAUUUAAAUAUAUUCAUGUGUAUCACAGUGCAUUUUAUAUAUAUUUUUUAUCUUCCAGAAUAUUUUUUUAAAUAUGCUGAAAUAUCUAAAAGUCAUAUGAAAUGUGUUAAUGUGUUUUAAUCCAAGGCAGCGAUCUUUGAGCAUGACAGCACCUUAUCACGACUGUGUAAAAUGACAGUGUGUGUGUUUGUCUUGAAAUGUUUUGCAAAGAGGCUUAGGAAGGUAUUACACUUUCUAAGCUGAAAUAGCGCUGAGGAUGCAAUUUAGUAUUCCAGGAAUGUGCAGUCCCCAGGCCUAAAGUAAGAGAUCUGUGUAUUGUAGAAACUGGAAACUAUACAAAUAAGCAAAUUAGAGGAAAACAUUAUAGGGUUUUUUUGGUUCAAUUUCUACUAAUUCCUCUAACUACAGUAAAGCGUGGUUUGGGAUAGGCGCCACAAUGUGGGCUUUCCCUAAUGCAGUUCAGUGUUCUGACUUGAAUGAGCACAUGCAGUCUUUUCGCUUGUUUCGUACACCUUGCUUGUUAUUUUAUGGGGUUGGGGGGGAUCUUUGAAUUUCUUCCAAACCCUGCAACCUUAGCUCUUGCAAGUGCCUUUACUUUAUUUCAAUACUAAAGCUGUGUUUCUGAAACAGUCUAAGCCCUUUUUUAAUUAAACUAUUCCCAGACCCAGUCAUCCCUGUUUUUAAUGAUGGAAUUACUGAUCUAAAUACUGCUACUGUUAAAAUAGGCCUGCUUGCCAAAGUAAUGAGAAGUGAUGUGCUUUUGGGUGUCGUCGGAGUGUUGUGUGUUUGUUUUUUCUUAUUAAAAAAAAAAGAAAAAAGUUAAAUGGGGACUUAAUAGAGGAAUUCUGCUGUAAAUUGAAUUUUCAUAGCAGUACCAGUGUUCUGUCCUGUACAUGAGUUUUAUGAAGCUACUUUUUAAAGUAAAAAACCCAAAGCUUGCAGCUACUUCUGAGGCCCAACAUCUAAAAAAUAGAGCAUUCUGCAUGUUCUAAAAUGUCACUUAUUCUACAUUUGAGGUGUGCAGCCCAAUGCUAAAUUGUAAUUAAGUGGUAGAUUAUAAAAUUACUAUGCACUGACCCAUUUAAUUUUUUUAUUUGACUCUAAAUGGCCUGUUUAUCUAUUCAUCCACGACAUUCAUUCCCAAAUUCCAGUGACAGAUUUCAGUUUUUUUUUUUUUUUUUUGUGGUGCUGCAGCUGAUGGACCAGCCGACACACGGCGUUGCACUAGAUCACGUUUUAUGUAUAUAUGUACAAUCCACUGAGUGCGGUGUGCAGCAGUGGUAAUGUGGGAGCUUGUUGUAAAAACAAUUUGUGGUUCUUCAUGUGUUGGAUAUUUAGCAGGCCAGCGCAUUGGUUAACAGCCAGAUCAGAGUACCUUCCUGUGAAUGCGGCUCUCCACUAUCUCCUGUGUCCACGGCGUUUUGGCUCACUUUGUAGUGAUGUUGCAUUUUGUCAUGUGACCGGGUCUUAUAAGGAAUGUACCUGUUUCACAUUUGCAGUUUUAUCAAGAUCUUCUGAACUGCUUACUCAGUUGGAAUAACAUUUGAUGUAGGCAUUCCUUAGCACAAGUUAUUGAUGGUACAAGACUUUUUGAAUGGGUUUUGGGCUAAUGACUUCUGAAGUUAGUACCCAAAUGUAAUUUUGCGAGCACAUGCUACAGCCUGCUUGUCUGAGAAACUACUUUUCCAUUAUUGAUGAAACUACAGAACUUCUUUUGAGAUGCUUAUCAUGCUAUGGUUGUGUAAUUGAAUGUGAAGGCAGGUCCACUAAUGCUUUUUAAAUGCUCCUAUAAUAUGUUUUUUGUAACACAUUAUUCGUGAAGUUGGGUUUACUGGGUGGGUGGGUUUGGGGGCUGUCUUUAUUACUCAAGUGCCUUUCAGGGUUUUUUUGCAUGGACUGUUAAAACCAGCUGCUGAACGGGAUACCAUAGGUUGUAAAUAAAGAAUGUUGUCUUACCUGUCAAA